AAAAAUAAUCCAACAAAACGCUAAAGAGACUCCAGAAUACAAAACCAGUGUAUUGGGCGGCACAUAAAAGCACACAUGCACACACAAAGUGUUAUAAUCAAAAUAAAAGAGAGAAGGAAAACAAUUAAAGUGUACCGAGAAGAUUGAAAUAAAUCCGAAUACCAAAAAACCAAUAGGUUUGUCAUAAUAGAAACAAGUUUUUUGAAUUAGCCGCAUUUAACGAAUCGAACUAGUUUCCGAGGCAACGAUAUAAAAACUAUACCAAUUUGCAUAAAUAAAUAAAGCAACAAACAUAAACGCUGCCAAACUUGACGAAUGCUUUGGAAUUCGCCUACCGAAUAAUAUAAACGUGUGUAUCGUUGUGUGCGUAUACUAUAUAAACUCUUAUUAGAACCCCACACUCCAAAACAAAAAGAACAAAAAUAAAAAUAAAAACGAGAGCGCAGAGAGAGAGCAAAAAGCCCCAAGCUCAGGCUCCGCUCUCUCUUCCAUCGAUCAGUUGUUCGCUUGCCGCUCAGCUGCUCGGUCGAAACUUGGGAAAUCAACCGCAAAAUUGACAACAAUCCGAAGCGAAUAAAGUAGCUGAAAGAGCAAACAAAGCUAAUCAGAAUUUGUUGUAAAUUUUUGCCAUUAAUUUAGGAACGAGUUUCAACAAAAAUUAUUGAGUGCCAACCCGCAGUACCGCAGUACGGAAUAAUACAAAUAGUAAAUUACCAACGACUUUGUCGCCCCACUGAUAAGAUUUCUCCCCCUUAUCAAAAUUCGUGUAUGUAGCAAACCGAGUGUUUGGUUUGGUGUGCUGUGCUUCGGAUGAGAUAUACUACAAAUGUGCUUCAUUAUAAAUAAAUUUUCGUCUUAAUCGCCGCAUGUGUGACCUAGUUAAAAAAACAACUCACACUCACGCAUGAAAUAACAAUGAAAUUUACAUAUAAACGUGGACCGCACCAUAUGCAUAAUAAUUAAUAACGAAAAGCGAAAACGAGGAUGUGGAUAAGGAAAAAUUAAACAAAAAUACAAUAUCAAUUAAUUUGUAAACACCGCGAGAGGGAUUUGUUUAAACCGUGUGCAUUUAAUUGAAAAUCUUCGAGGAAGUAAUUUAAAAACGCUUUUACAACAAAUCAACACAGCAACAUUUUCUGGCUUGUUUAUACGCAACGGGGUGUAAAAACGAACAAAACAGAUAAGAUACUACAAGAUAACGUCGGGCCUGGGCGCCCAUCUAGAGAGGAAGAAGAAGUAGCUAUAAUCCUAGCCACAGCGGGACUUCCCGCAAGAUACAAUGACAGAGAAUCAGCUGUAUCCCAUGUCAUCGGAGUUCUUUGACACCGGCUCGAACAGCAGCAACAACACACUCAAAUACGAUCUGUAUUCCCUGGGCUCCACCGUUGUGGGGGCGGCCCUGCCCACGUUGACCAUCAACACGGGCUAUGGCAGCAGCAGCAUCAACAAUAACAACACUAAUAACAACAAUAACAACAGCAGUAGUCACAGCAGCAGCAGCAGCAGCAACUGCUCCACCAGCACCACAAAUACCUGUAAUGUAAUGCUAAGUACAACGGCCAUAACAAUACCACGCAGCAGCAACCACAACCAGAUCCAUCAUCAUCCGUAUCAGCAGUCGGAUUUGCAGACACCACGCCAUCAUCCCAGUCCUCUACACACCUUGCCCAGCAUGACCCACCAGCAAAAUCAGCUUCAGCAGCAACAGCAACACCACAACCAACAGCAGCAGCAGCAACAACAGGAGCAGCUGCAGCAAUCGCAUUUGGCACUGGGGGAGCUUUCGGACUUUGGACUGGAUGCCCUGGAUGCCGCUUCGCUGUCGCCCACCCUGCUGCAGGAUGUGAGCCUGAGUGCCGUUUCUCCCCUAAGCUCCACACUGUACAAUGGCAACACCAGUGGAGCAGGCAGCAGCAACGGCAUAGGAUCCGGCAGUGGUGGCUACUUCACGCCCGACAUGUCGCACAGCCUCAGCCUGAAUGUGGUCAGUGAGCAAGUACUGCUGCAGGAUGCCGCUACCACGAAUGAGUUGCUCUACGAGAUGACACCCAAUUCGAAUGCCAUGUGGAGUGAUAUCAGCAGUGCCAUUAUCCAUACCAAACACGAGCCAUUCAGCCUGGACGAUGACUACAUCUUUCCCAACGAUAAGGCCGAGAUCCAGGCGGCCGAUCUGUCUGAUCUAAAUGGUGGCGAUUUCCUGGAUGUGAUCGGAAACAUAGAGGAUUUCUUGCCGCAGACCACAGUCACUCAAAGUGUCAAUUUCCUACUGUCGCCGCAAGCCCAAGGACAGGAUGCCCUGGUGGCACCGCCCAUGGAACUUUUGCAACAGCAACAACAGAAUCACCAGCAGCUGCAGGUUGGCAGUCUGCCGCAGUUGCAAACGCUGCUCACGCUAUCCCAGCAGCAGUCGAACAGUUCCUCCACUAGUCCGUAUGAGAUCUAUCACAGUACGCCCCAAAAGCCGCAGCAGCAGCUGUCCGCCAGCUUCUCGCCCGGCAGUCAGGCAUCCCAAUCGCCAUUGACCCCACCGCCACCACCGCACGCCAAUCGACCCCAGUACCAGAUGGUUAAGUCGCGCAACAUGCAGGAAUUGAUCAAGAAGGGCUUUCCCAUGUCCUCGCCGCCAGAGCGCUCGAUCCUAAGUCAAUCUGCCGCCCUAAGUCCGGGUGGUAGCAGUGGUUUUGGCAGCUCGGCUUCUGGCAAUAGUACGAUUACCAGUAAUCAGACAUCCGGAUCAGCCGUGCGCAAAUCAUUUGGCUACCAGAGCGCCGUGGAGAACUCCCAGCUGAGUCGCCUCAGCUCGUCGGCUCCCACGCACUUGGGAUUGGAGCACAUCUGGAUGCGACGGGAGCCACGACAGCAUUUACUCUCCACCGGCUCGCUGGCCGAGGCCGAGAGCUUCUCAUCGCUGAGCACGGGCAGUGUCUUGUCCCCGGAUGGCAUUGACUUCUCGCAGGACGAUGAGGAUGACAAUUCGAGUGAGAACAGCGAUGACUACAACGAUUUCAGCAGCGACAAUGGACUCUCUGGGGAUGAAGAUGAAACGCGUACCUCGACACCAAACCAUUUGUCCAGUAGCAAGGGCAAGGAGCGAUUUUUCUGGCAGUACAAUGUGCAGGCCAAAGGACCCAAGGGAAAGAGACUGGUCUUUCAAUCGAAGCUCGAGGAUCCUCAUGUGCUGAACGAGGUGACAGACCCCGUCUUCAGUCCAACUUGCUCCGUGCGAGGCAUUAAGGUGUACAAGCACAGUGGCAAGGCCCGCAAGGGCGAUGGUAACGAUUUAACUCCCAAUGCCAGGAAGCUGCACAAUAUUGGCAAGGAAUUGGACAAGCUAAGCCGCACCAUCAACGACAUGACGCCUGUGUCCGAGCUGCCAUUCAAUGUGCGCCCCAAGUCGCGCAAGGAGAAGAACAAGCUGGCCUCACGCGCCUGUCGUCUGAAGAAGAAGGCGCAGCACGAGGCCAACAAAAUUAAGCUAUUCGGCCUUGAAAUUGAACACAAGCGCCUCAUGAACGGUAUAGCCGAGCUAAAGCAGGCCUUGGUCGUCAAGCAUCGCACCAAGAACCUGGGCGAAUCCACCGAGGAGGUGGACCAACAAAUUGCACGCAUUUACGCUACCGCCUCGUCUGGAAUCCGCAUUGCGGGUGGCUCAACGGAUUUUGUGAACAAGGUGCUGGAGAACAUGCGCGGUGGCAUGCCAAAUGGGGGCCUCGAGGAGCUGCGUAAAUCGUCGUAGACCAAACCAGGAAAAAUAUAAAGCUAACGAACCGCCCAUCAAGCUUAGUCUUAACAACAGCGCCAACUUUAUACACACCACCAAAACAACAGAAACCCAUUCUACGACAGGAUGAUAAUUGGAAUUGUGGAAUGGAAUCAGUCGAAAAACAGGAAACAUUUUCUUGAGCUCGGAAUUAGUCAAGAAAAUUCUUUAUUGAACCUCCUUCCCUCCUCAAAACACAACGUUCUGUUAAAUUGUUCUCCUUAAGUGAUAUAAUAUUGAUAACCAAGAUAUAACUGUGAUUCAAAGAGCCUGGGCUUUAUAUGUUUUGUAUGGCAGAAAAUUGAAGAAAAUAUUUUUUACUUUUUCGCAACCACGCCGAAACCGGAAAGCCAGAGCCAAACAAACGUAAACAAAAGAAAAAAGAAAAUUCCUUUUGAAAAUGCAACAUUAACAAAUAGAAAGAAACAAAACAAACACGUAAAGAAAGAGGCAACCACGAAACUGAAAAGAAAAUGUGAAAAAAUACAAAAUUUCGUUUAGCCAUUAAGAUUGUUAAGAAACGGAGUGUUAGACAAGCAAGUGAAUUUUGUAGGGCUUUGCUACCAGUUUUACCUGCUUAACGAAUAAGGGUAAACAUUCAUUUGAUUGGAUUGGAAGAAUAUAUCGGGAAUGCUAAGAAUUAAUGAAACAUAAGUUAAAUACAACUGCGAUUUAUCUGUUUAAGUUUUAAAUGCUAUAUUAACGAUGUAUAAUUUUGGUUCAAUGUUUUAGUCAUAGGUUUUUACAUUUAACUCAAUGUGGGGAGAGAGCUUUUAUAUAGAUCAUAUGAACCUACAUAUUACAUUUAUCGGUUAUAAUGAUUGUUUUGGCCCUCAUCCAAUAUAUAUUUUAUGGUCCUAGGUUGUCUUUUUUAAGUUUUCCAUUUUGUUAAUGAAACUUUGAUGGUUUCCAAAUAAGAAUGUUUUGCGAAACUUUAUUAAUUUACUUAAAUGCUAUAACUAUAUAUACAUAUACAUAUACAUAUACAUAUACAUACAUGCGUGGUGAUAUAAUU